AUGUGUUCUAAUAAAAGAUUGACAGUCCAAGAGAUUGCAGAUCUCUUUGACUCAGAACAAUUUUGGGAGGAUUUUCACAAUGAAAUAGUUGAUCGGGUUUAUAUAGAACCCCCGGAAAACCGAGAAGAAUCAGACGAAGAUUCCGGAGAUGAAUCUGGUAGUGGACUAGACAAUUUAUCAGGCAAACAACUUCAAGCGGACAGAAAACAAAACAGAACUCCUCUUACUCAAAAAGAGCUUGAAUAUUUGGCUGAAAAUCUCUCAGAAAUUGAAGAUACGUGUGAAUUUAGUGAUGACAGCGAGGGCUCAGAAGAAAACAUUAUGGUCAGUGAGCAUGACAGUGAAUCUGAGGAGUCGAUUGAUUCAAAUAUGGACAUUUCUGAGGAACAGCUUGAUACACCAGGCGAUAUGGACAUUUCUGAGGAACAGCCUGAUACACCAGACGAGCAACCUCUUGCCGUAUCAUGGAUCAGACACAGAGACAUUCAUAUCCUCACAGUGGCUAGCUACACCUACACGAGCGACCAGCGAUUCCAAGCAAAUCACCAUCCUGAAACGGAUGACUGGACUUUGCAGAUCAAAUGGGCCCAAAAGAGAGAUGCUGGCACUUAUGAAUGUGAAAUGCCAGCUGCAAUGCAAACGGGCUCUGAUGGAUUGUCCAACAGCUCAUUCAACAUAUUCGCUCUCAUAAUCGCUUCUUACCUAUACACAUCGUACUAUUUCAGUGACCUUGACCUAAAUCAAAGAAGUUGGAGGUAG